AUGUCGCACAGCCCGGCCAGUAAGCGCAUCUUCCUUGUGCGUCACGCACAAGCAGAACACAAUGUGUUCAGUGACUGGUCCAUUCACGACCCGUCAUUGACGCCCGUUGGACGCCGCCAAGCUACCCGCUUGCAAGACGAAACCGUUGGCGGUCUCCAGGGGACCGCGCAGCUCCUCGUCACCUCCCCACUCCGUCGCACGAUGGAGACGACACUCAUCGCAUUUCCUGAGCUCAAGCGCAGGCUAGAAUCUGAGGGCAAGCAGGUCGUCUUGCUUGACAUUGCGCAAGAGGUUGAGGACCUCCCAUGCGAUACACCGUUGCAUCCGCGCGAGGAAUUGGCGUCGUCGAUGGAUGGCAUGUUCUCUGGCCUCGAUUUUACGGGCCUCUCGCCCGACUAUGCGUCCAAGCAGGGCAUUUUCGACCCCGAGCGCGCGGCCGAGCGUGCCGAGCUCGUGAGAAAAUGGCUUCGCGACCGUCCAGAGGAGGAGAUUGUCUUGGUUGCGCACGGCGAUAUUCUGCGCUACAUUGUCGACGGGCACCACUCGUCUAGGAGGUGGCGGAACGCAGAGGUGUGCGAGUUUGGUUUCCAGGGCGGCUUUGAAGAUCCCGAGGCGCGCCUCGUUGAGCGACGUUCGACGCACCCGAACCCAGCCAAGCCCGUGGCGAUCACCCAGACGCCCACGCCCCCCACGUCGGAAGGUGGAAAGUCACCGGGCGCGAUUUUUGCCAUGUCUCCUUGA